CGAUGCAGCGCGGCUCGAACGGCGGUGCGCUCACCUCGCGCCCGGUCAACACGCUCGGCGCGUCCUCGCUCGCCGGCCCGUCGUCCGAGGUCCACCUCUCCUCGUCGCGCUCGACCAAGUACCCGAACCGGCUCAACCUGUACGAGCGGCCGCCGCUUGACGAGCUCACGCUCGAGCAGUUCGAGGUGUGGGCCAUCGACCGGCUCAGGCUCCUCGCCGACAUCGAGUCGGCUCAAGCGCGCAACCGCCCGUUCAAGGACGUGCGCGAGCUGGUCGAGAAGCGCGCCGCCGAGCACCUCCCGCUCCACGCCGAGACGAGCGCGCGCACGAUCAACCUCGACGCCGAGCGCAAGAAGGACCAGUACUCGCACUUUAUCCUCCGCCUCGCGUUCUGCAGGUCAGAAGAGCUGCGGCAACGGUUCCUCAAGGCGGAGAAGGAGCUGUUCCACAUUCGGUGGGACACGGACGAUCCCGCCGAGCGAAGGAGGUUCGUCGACAGCCUCAACUUUGGGUGGGAGGUGGUGACGGCGGCAGAGAAGCAGGAGCUGUACGGCGAGUUGAUGGCGGCGUCGGGCCUCAAGUCGGACGCCAUGAUCGCCGAGUCGUUCUUCAAGGUCGAGUGGACCAAGGUGACGGACCUCGUCGCGCAACGCAAGGUGUUGUUGCGAGGCGGCAAGGCGUACGUCCCGUCGUCGCAGGAGUACUCGCUCGUCGCCGCCGAGUUUGCGUCUCGACUAGCACGAGGGCUCGAGCUCACGGCCAAGGCGCUCCCUCGACUUGACGAGGACACUCGCCUCGUCCCGAUCCUGUCGCACCUGUCGAUGGGCUUCAUGGCGGGCAUCACGUCCGACUACUCGUUCAUCUCGACGGCCGACGGCGAGGCCAUCACGGCCGAGAUGGUGCCCGAGCUCGCCAACCAGAGCUUCCCGCUGUGCAUGCGCAACAUGCAGGACACGCUCAAGGGCAGCAAGCACCUCAAGCACGAGGGCCGGCAGCAGUACAGCCUCUUCCUCAAAGGAAUCGGUCUCUCGGUCGAGGAGUCGAUCGCGUUCUGGCGCAAGUCGUUCUCGUCCAUCACCGACGACAAGUUCAACAAGGAGUACCGCUACAACAUCCGCCACAACUAUGGCCUUGAGGGCUCGCGCAAGAACUACACGCCCAAAUCCUGCACGGCCAUCAUCACGGGCCCGACACCUGGACCCGGUCAAGCUCACGGCUGCCCGUUCCGCCACCACUCGGAGCAAGCCCUCACGUCGCUCCUCCACUCGACCCUCGGCGGCACGCUCGCCAACGCCGACCUCAAGGAGAUCCUCGCCGCGACCCAGUCGGGCCACUACCACGUCGCGUGCACGCGCGUGUUCGAGCUGCAGCACGCCAAGCUGCCCGGCGGCGCGAGCGUGCCCAAGGGCGAAGGGCUCGGCGGCGGCGACUCGGUCGACCACCCGAACCGGUACUUUGACGCGUCGCGCAAGGCGAUCCGCGAGGCCAAGGACAAGGUCAAGACGGAGGACGGCGCCGAGGGAGGAGGAGCGGGCGCAGGUGCCGCCGAGGACGAGGAGAAGAAGCCGGCUUCGCAGGCGCGCAGGCCGGCGCAGCCGACCAUCCAGCAGAAGAAGCGCGAGGCGACGGCGGCUGCGAUGGACAUUGACGGCUGA